AGCUUUCGUUAUCCAUUGGAAACCUAGCGAGGAAAUUAAGUUUGAAAUUGCAGUUCAGUCUUGUCGUGGAUGCAGCGCGGAUCGAUAUCGGAGCCCAGAGCAGCGGAAGGCGCUGUGCUUAGCAAAUUUCGACACACAAAAUUUUUGUAUCCCUCAAAAAUUGAACCAAAAAAUAGGCAAAAAUAAAUUCAACCCACUAAAACGAAAACGCGUCGUGCUGAAAGCCCAAACCCAAAAGGUUAUAUAAAGAAAAAACCGACAAAGAUAACGUUCGAAUCCAACGGAAUAAUUGUGUAAUUGAAAAAAAAAACGCAGUGUGUGCAAAAGUAAUCGUUUCCAAUCUGUAGCUCAAUCGAUACGCAUAAAUAUAUGAUUAGAUUGCCGUGGAUUUAAGGCAAAGCGCCCGUUUCUGGGGGCCUUUGCUGUGUGAGGUGCUUAGAAAAUUUUUCGCCUACAUUCGCGACAUGCAGUGAAAAUUUUUUCCGAUUUUUAGUAUGUACAUGUACCUUGGAGCGCUCGUGGGCGCCACAACCUCGGGUGGCAGGGGUAUCCGGCAAGCUUUCGGCCCAUCCGCAGCCAUAACCCCCAGUGUUGGUAGUACAACCGCCUCGGUCGGAGUAUCGGCUAUCUGACCCCGCAUCGGUGCGAAAUAUGUGCCCGUUCUCAAUUAGUUUGCCAAACAUUAUGCAAAUCAAGUGUACGAAAUGCCAAAAACUCAAGGUGUCCAGCAUUAAGGACCUAGAAAUCAGGCGAAAUCAUAACCAAUAAACGGUGAAGUGCAGUUAACAGUCGACGAGUACCGUUAACAGCCGCAGCCAACUUCGCCUGGCCGAGCUUUCGCUCCCCGCGCUCUCACGGUCGCUCUCAGCAGGCGCGGAUAAAAGUGGAUAGAAUUCCAAUUCCCAUUCCCGAGUAACACCAAUACAAGGACACGCGAAAAGCUCGCGCUCAAGGACUGGAAUACGCGAGAAGAAAGAGAGAGAGAGAGUCGCUUUACGUUUACGCGCGCAACGUGCGUAGGUGCCUCUGUGUGUGUGAGUGCCCCGAGUGCCCGUGCGUGUGAAUGAAGGCGCCACAGCAGCCACAUAGUGCAACAUAUCAGGAUAACUAUGCUCCUGCGGCCAUGACAGCCAGGACACGGCCCAACAUGGACAGGGAUCAGCAGCGAAAUCGAAAUCCGGCUGAGCUGAGGCUCCUGCCCGCCUCCGCCACCACAUCCACCUCCACCUCCGCCUCCGCCUUCGAAUCCCCGGACUUGCGGUUCAACAAGGCUCGCCGCCGACGGAGAGGCGAGCCAGUGCCUCCGGUGAUCGUGGAAUACCGCCGCUCGUACCGCGUGCUCAUCGUCAGCGCCCUGCUGGUCAGCCUGGCGGCCAGUUUCGUGACCCUCAGCGCCGGUUUCCAGCUGGACGGCUCCCAGAACUCCUUCUACACCUUCCGCAAGUGGUACACCGGCCUGAAUGGCACCCUGGAGCUGGAGUUCAAGACGGAACAGCCCAACGGACUGGUUCUCUACACCGACGACGGCGGCACCUAUGACUUCUUCGAACUGAAACUGGUGGAGGGAGCCCUUCGGCUGCGGUACAACCUGGGCGGUGGUGCCCAGAUCAUCACCGUCGGACGGGAGCUGCACGAUGGCCAUUGGCACAAGGUGCAGGUCCUGCGGAACGAUGAGCAGACUUCGCUCAUCGUCGACGGCGUCUCGCAGCAACGGUCGACCAAGGGCAAGGAGUUCCAGUUCGGCAAGUUCGCCAGCAACUCGGACGUCUAUGUGGGCGGUAUGCCCAACUGGUACAGCACCAAGCUGGCACUACUGGCCCUGCCCAGCGUCAUCUUCGAACCGCGUUUCCGGGGCGCCAUCCGGAACCUGGUUUACGCCGAUCAGCCGGGCGGCUCCACCAGGCGACAGGAGAUCAAGCAGCAGCGCGACAUCAAGUGCGGCGAUGUGCCCUGCGAUCACGGAGAGCUGCCCGCCCGCGAAAGGCCCCUCAGGGGCGUUCGGGGCAACACAACCGAUGCCUGCGAGCGGAACGAUCCGUGCCAGCACGGCGGCAUCUGUAUAUCCACUGAUUCCGGUCCAAUUUGCGAGUGUCGAAACCUCGAGUACGAUGGCCAGUAUUGUGAGAAGGAGAAGGCGCCAUCGGAAGCCACGUUCCGCGGUACACAGUUCCUCUCGUACGACUUGGGCCAGACGGGCGCCGAGCCGAUAGUGAGUGCCCAGGAUGCCAUAUCCUUCUACUUCCGCACGCGUCAACCGAACGGACUGCUCUUCUACACGGGCCACGGCACGGACUAUCUGAACCUGGCCCUGCGGGAUGGCGGCGUCUCGCUGACCAUGGGACUGGCCAAUGGCAAGCAGGAGAUGCACAUCAAGCCGUCGAAGGUGCGCUUCGACGACCACCAGUGGCACAAGGUCACCGUGCACCGUCGCAUCCAGGAGAUCUCCUCCAUCACCAGCUUCUGUCGGCUGGUCACUGUGGUGGACGAUGUCUACACGGACCACUCCCACAUCGCCGGCAAGUUCACCAUGCUCUCCUCCUCGCGGGUUUAUGUGGGUGGUGCUGUAAAUCCCAGGGCUCUUUUGGGAGCCCGUGUCCACACCAACUUCGUGGGCUGCCUGCGCAAAGUAGAGUUCUCGGCGGAUACGCUCAAUCUGAACCUCAUCGACCUGGCCAAGAGUGGCUCUAAGCUGAUCCAGGUGGCUGGCAACCUGGAGUACCAGUGUCCUAGUGGCGAUCCACAAGAUCCUGUGACCUUCACCACCCGCGAAUCGCAUUUGGUUCUGCCUCCUUGGGAAACUGGCAAGCAGAGUUCCAUUAGCUUCAAGUUCCGCACCAAGGAGCCCAAUGGUAUCAUUGUCCUGGCUACCGGAUCCAAGCAACCACGGGCCAAAAACCCCGUUUUGAUUGCCAUCGAGCUGCUGAACGGCCACAUCUACAUCCACUUGGACCUGGGAUCCGGAGCCUCCAAGGUGCGAGCCUCGCGACGCCGCGUGGACGAUGGCGACUGGCAUGACCUGAUUCUCCGGCGGAAUGGACGCGAUGCCAAGGUGAGCGUGGACGGGGUGUGGAACGACUUCCGGACGCCCGGCGACGGCACCAUCCUCGAGCUGGACGGGCACAUGUACCUGGGCGGAGUGGGACCCGCCUACAAUAGCGUGGCCUGGCCGGCGGCCAUUUGGACGGCCACGCUGCGCCAGGGAUUCGUGGGCUGUUUGCGUGACCUGGUGCUGAGUGGCAAGGCGAUCGAUAUAGCGGCCUUUGCACGCGUCCAGGAUUCGGCCUCCGUGAAGCCAUCGUGCCAUGUGCAGGCCAACGUGUGCAACGGUAUUCCCUGCCUGAACGGAGGCACCUGCCUGGAGGGCUGGAACCGGCCCAUCUGCGACUGCUCGGCCACCUUGUACGGAGGACCCACCUGCGGCCGGGAACUGGCCACGCUGGCCUUCAACGGCAGCCAGCACAUGACCAUCUGGCUGGGCAACGGACAGGGCACCAAGACGCAGACCGAGGAGCUGGUCAUCCGCUUCAAGACCUCCCGUCCGGCGGGCCUCCUGCUGCUGACCAGCGCCGAGUCCAACUCCCCGGAUCGGCUGGAGAUCGCCCUUGUGGCGGGAAGGGUGCGGGCCAGUGUGCGGCUGAGCGACCGCGAAAAGAACCUGCUGGCCGGCCAGUCGGUGCUCAACGACAACAACUGGCACACGAUCCGCUUCUCGCGCAGGGCCUCCAAUCUGCGUCUACAAGUCGACGGGGCUCCCCCCGUCAGGGGUAUGUUAUCCGAAACGAUCCUGGGUCGCCACAGCACCAUGGAGAUCCGCUCAAUCCACCUGGGCGGUCUCUUCCACGCCGAGGAGGAGAUCCAGAUGACCUCUACGAUGCCGAACUUUGUGGGCCAGAUGCAGGGCCUGGUGUUCAAUGGCCAGCGCUACUUGGACAUCGUCAAGAGCCUGGGACCGGAGCUCUCGGCUCUGCCCAGUGCCACCUUCAAGCUGACGGCCCGCUUCGUGAACUCCCCGGCUGGGCAGCCCUACCAUGCGGCCACCUUCCGCUCCAAGCACUCCUAUGUGGGAUUGGCCAUGUUGAAGGCCUACAACAGCAUCUCCAUUGACUUUCGCUUUAAAACAGUAGAGCCCAAUGGUCUGCUGGUCUUCAAUGGCGGCAGACGCAACGAUUUCGUGGCAGUGGAACUGGUCAAUGGUCACAUCCACUACACCUUCGACUUGGGCGAUGGACCGGUGACCAUGAGGGACAAGUCGCGCAUCCACAUGAACGAUAACCGCUGGCAUCAGGUCAGCAUUAGGCGCCCGGGACCCAAGACGCACACGCUCACCGUGGACGACUCCUUCGAGAUCAUUAGCCUUACGGGCAACAAUAUGCACCUGGAGCUGGCGGGCAUUCUGUACAUCGGAGGCGUCUUCAAGGACAUGUACUCCAAGCUGCCGGCCUCGAUCUCCUCGAGGUCUGGCUUUGAGGGCUGCCUGGCCUCCCUGGAUCUGGGCGAUGCCUCUCCCUCGCUGACCAGCGACGCAGUGGUUCCCAGUUCCCUGGUGGUCAGUGGCUGCGAGGGACCCACCAAGUGCAGCCAGAAUGCCUGUGCCAACAGGGGCAACUGUGUGCAGCAGUGGAAUGCCUACGCCUGUGAAUGUGAAAUGACCUCCUACACGGGACCCACUUGUUACGAUGAAUCGAUUGCCUAUGAGUUUGGUAACAACAAAGGCAUGGUGCAGUAUACCUUCCCGGAAAACGCACAGGCCGACACCGAGGAGGACAACAUAGCCAUGGGCUUCAUAACCACCCGACCCGAUGCAGUGCUCCUGCGGGUGGAGAGCGCCACCACGCAGGACUACAUGGAGCUGGAGAUAGUGGAGGGCAACAUCUUCAUGGUGUACAAUAUCGGGAGCGUGGACCUGCCGCUGGGCGAGAUUGGGACGAAGGUGAACGACAACGCCUACCAUGUGGUGCGGUUCCAGCGGAAGGGAGGCAACGCCACGCUCCAACUGGACGACUACAAUGUGCAGGCACUCACGCCGCAGAGCCAUCACUCGACCGUGUUCAAUACCAUGUCCAACGUUCAGGUCGGCGGCAAGUUCAGUCGGAACGGUCGCAAUCGCAUCGAGCGGCCGUUCGCCGGCGUGAUUGCCGGACUGUCGGUUAACAAGUUACGCAUCCUGGACUUGGCCGUCGAACGCGACCCCCAAAUCACCAUCCGCGGAGAUGUUCAAUUGGUAACUGGAGUAUUAGAUAGAAAUGAUCUGCAGAGAAUGCAGCAGACUUUGAACUCUACUCGACAGACGCCGGCGAGUGGUUAUCCGGGUGCGCUGGACGAUCUGAUCUUCUCGGGAGCCGGAUCCGGAUGUCGCGGCGACGACGAGGACGAGUGCACGCCGCCAUUCGAAUCGGGAAGCGGGGAUGAUCUGAUCACACCGGUUUAUGUGCCGCCCACCAAGCAGACAACCACCUCCCAGCAGGGGAACAACUUGAGUACCGGCGGGAACAACAGUGGCGGUGUCAUCACCAAUGGCACCGAGCGGGCCUGCGACGAUGAGGACUGCGUCCAUGGAUCCGGAGACUACGGGGAGACCACGGAGCAGUUCACCUCAACGAGCACGGCCAGGGGUUCAGAGUCCAACAAUGAGAUGGUCACGAUCACCACCACGGGACGCAGCGAUGUGACCACGGAGCAGCAACAUGGCAGCAGUAGCAGCAGCAGCAGCGGCAGCACUCCCUCCUACGCCACCACCCAGUCGAGCAGCAGCAGCAGCGGCAGCGGCGGAGGAUCGGGAGCCAGCACUCCGGGCCAGGUGAGCACCACCAGCAGCGUGGCCACCACGUCCACGCAACGUGCCACCAGCAGCAGCACCAGCACGAGUACCAGUUCAACCUCGACGACCACGACCACGACCACCACGCAGGCCACUCCGCCGCCGGAGAUCCGGAGCACGGUCACCGAGAAGGACACCACGCCGUACGACAUCUACGUGGCAGGUGGUGGCUUGGGUGGUUCCGGGCGCAAUGAUCACGACCGCAUGCAGCUGCCGGACGAGCACCACCCGCUGCCGCCACUUCCGCCACCCAUUCCCCCACAGGAUCCUCCACCCUACGGACCCUAUGGCGGUAAUAACUACAACACCAACUUGAACAACUACCGGCCGAAGGGCAAGGGCGGCAGGAUCAACUCGAUCGAGGAGGAGCGCACUGCCAUGAUCAUAGGCAUAGUGGCGGGCAUACUCAUCGCAGUGGUGCUGGUUAUCCUGCUGGUUCUGUGGCUCAAAUCGAAUGGGGAUCGUGGCUACAAGACGGAGAGCGAGAAGGCGGCCGCCUACGGCUCCCACAAUCCCAAUGCCGCCCUGCUGGGCAACACCAGCACCAAUGGAUCGUACCACCAGCAGAGGCAGCACCACAUGCAGGGAGGAGGAGGCGGCGGAGGAGGUGUAGGUGGAGCUGGACAGCAGCAGCACCAUGGCCAACAGCAAAUGCACAAUGGCCACAACGGAAACGGAAAUGGUGGAGGUGGCGGCGGCGGCGGGGGCGGCGGCAUGAUGUCCAGCGGAAGUGGGUCACUGGGCUACGGCAGCGAUGGACGACCCCAGAUGGCGGGACUGGUGCAGCCGAAGGCCAAGAAGCGCGACUCCAAGGACGUCAAGGAGUGGUAUGUGUAAGGCGGCAUGGUCGCCCGGGAAUUAUCGUCAAAUUAGCAAUAAAUGCAAAUAGUGCAAAGCGAGCCGAAAGUGAAAGUCCCCCCUAAGAUACAGAUACAGAAACAAACAGACAAACAAACAUACACACACAUAAGCGUAUAUAAAUAUAUUUAUUUAGCAGCCUCAUAACGUUAAUUAAACAAUUAGAAAGCGGACACAGUGGGACACUGGGUGUACGUGUACAAACGGAAACGGAAACGGAAACGGAAAUAGAAAUGGACGGAAGGAUAAUAAUAUGUAGAAGGCGCCUUGCGCAGCUCGGUUUGAGGGCAACACGCGAUUAACGACGGCUGAUAACGUUAGCAGCAUGCAGAUAGACACGCAAAUACUUUAGACAAGUGCAUCUGGCCAGGAGCAUUGGUUCACCCUAAAAAGUAACGUUUAGAUUACGCCUAAGAAAUUAUAGCUUCAACUCAAGACUUGCUAAUAGAUCUAUCUACCACUGGAGAGCAGCCACAACCGUCAGCGAAUAAGCAUAUGAAUUACACUAAACGAAUAAAACUAUAUAUAUUAUAUAUAUCACAGCGUUACAAUAAAUUAUGCCCACUAGCCAAUCAAGUAAUUGUGUAAAAUAUUUCGCCACAAAGUAUGCUAUGAAAAGUUCGAAGGAAGAAAAGCCAAGAAAACAAAAAAAAAGAAACAAACAAUUAAACUGCAAAUCUUCUAGCAAAACCACUAAACAAUUUAGCAGAAAUUCAAUAUAAACGUACUUAAAAAUAUAUAUAUAUAUUUAUAUGUAAACGUAAAGUAAAGAGGUUCUGAAUGGGUUAUUUUCUUCGCGUGUAAAGUUACAAAAUGUGGUGCUGUAAACGUAGGAGACAAACAUUGGUUGACUACAAUAAUAGUAAUAAUAAUAAUAAUAGUAACGACGGGGAAUGCAAGAAUUUAUGCUACAAAUUGUUUGUUGAAUUGAAACCGGCUUUAAUUAGUUAAAUGAUGUAAAUGAGAUAAUGGAUAACUAAAAGAAAACGAAUAAUAUGAUGGCGGAGGACACAGUAGAUACCCACGAUUUGGUUGACGUGAUGAUACGUGAUGCGACUUUUUCGUUUGCGUGCAGCAACUCGACGCGAUUUUGUGUUAGUCCCUUCCACUCCCGAGCCCAACACAUAUACUUUUUAUAUGUAUUUGAGACUAAAUAUUGUCACCGACCCGCGUGCAAUAUGAACUCAGACAUAUCAAGGAAAAGACAAGACACGUGCCACAAGACACAGGACACAAUCACACGCCAAACACACACGCGACACACUCCAGUACACACUAAGACACUGAAGCGAACCUACCUAGCUUUUCUACUACAACUGCUAUUCAAUGUGAGCGAACAUUACUUUACCGUCGACAAACGAGGAGAUCAAGCAACAAUUUUACAGUAUUAUAGCAGCUUUAAGCGUAUUUUUCGAAGCCCACGUGACGUAUACACAAUCAGCAGUCACCAGACACACACACGCUUACACCCACACAGACACACCAGCACACACACACACAGAAAGAAGCGAAAUUCGAUUUUAUGCAAGCCGCCAUUGAAUUCUGUAUACAUAUAUACUUAUAAUCGCAUAUAUCAUUUUGAUGCGCUAUAUUCAAAUUUUUGCCUCACUAUCAAUACCAAUUAGUGUAUCAUUUUGGAUUAGAUAUACAAAAUACAAAAUACCUAUAUACACUCGAUAUACUAAUACUAAUACACGCACACUCACCUCACCUCACCUCAGCUCUCUCACACACACUCACUCACCUACUCACCAACUCACGCAUUCGAACAGUAGCGAAAUUACUGGACAUACUUCUCUCAAAUUCUUAAUGGAAAAUAAGGCGAGGUAUGCUGUAUAUACCUAGAAAAGUACUAUAUAUACACGAAAAUAUAUAUAUUUAACAACUAAAAAAAACAUAUAUACUGCAUUUCAAGAAACUUUUGAUAUAUUUUCGAGUUUUUUAAACCCUUAACUUGUAUACAAAAGGAUGCGAAAGCGAAAACACGAGACAAACUAGCGAAUCUAGCUGAAAUGAACACCUAGGACAAUUACAAUUACAAGUACAUACAUAGCGAAACACAGUACAUUACAGUACAUAGGCAGACAAAGAAAAACACACAAUUAUAUUAUACAAGACAUACUAUUAUAAAUGUACAUCUCUAUAAAACAUAUACAUGCAUACGAUAUAACGUACGAAUAUGAUUAUUAUGUAUUACGUCCCUUCGAUUUGAUAAUCCAAGUCCAAACGAGAAACCACAAAUUUUAAACGCUGUUAACCUGAUAACCAAAACCAUUCCCACUUAUAUAUGUAACACUCUCUCCCGACAACUUUCUCUCUAUCUCUUCACAAUGUUAAUGCUGCACAAUGAAAACUCUGCAUUUAAAGUAAACCACUAACGUUUAUUCAUUUCGAUUCAAGAGAAAACCAAAUUAAAUAUAACUAAUUAUACGAAUUUGCCUUGCGAUUUAUCAGCGAGCACACGAUAUUGAGUCCCCCCGGGGAAUUUGAUUAUAUCCGCGAUAAAGAUAUCGAAUUGACACGCCUUCAAAAGCAAACUCUUUUUCAUUGUUUCUGAAAAAAUUACAUUUUAUUAGAGAUCGAAAGCAAAUCAAGGUAAAUGUUAUGUAUGUAUGAUAUAGAGACAGGAUCGUGAAGGACGAGUACGGUUAGUUGUAUGGGUAACAGUAACAUAGUUAAAGCAUGUAACGUAAUAGUUCAAGGUCGACGGAGCAGCGGGUGCGAGUGGGAGCGCAUAUAGCGAGGAACGAUCGCAAGUAUCGGUACUAAAACUUACUUCUACUUAGGCUUAAUAUCAUUGUUAUCUAAUCUAUACAUAUAUAUAAACCGACACACAACACCCCCACAUAUAACAGAGAAUAUGUAUAUGAACAUGUAUUGGACGCGCGGCGCUUGAGCUGUGCCUACUUAUAUAUAUAUUUAACAAAUUGUAACGUGUAUGUAUAUGUAGCGGCAGUGAUUGUUAAAGAAAAUGCUUUGUUUUGUGUUAGAUUUUAUAAUUUACGAAGAAAACCAAAAAGAAAAUUGUAAAACGCAUACAAAUACAGAAUGACUGACAAAACACAGAAUUAUAACAUUGCAUAUAAUAAAUACAAUAAAAAUAUAAUUGAAAAAA